UUGUACGGCUGUAAUGUUGUACAUUUGUACUCCUAAAUUCUGGUAAAUUUGUCCUGGCAGUGUCUUUGAUGUAAUAUUUAAAGUUUGUCCCUUGAUUUUCUCUGGAAAUAUGGGAUAUUUUGUGGUUCUAUAUUUCAUUUCCUCCUAUAUAUGCUUCAUAAUUUCCUGCAUUGCUGAUAAUUUUGGGAUAUAAUUCCCUAAUUUAUGGUUUCUAGUGGUUCCUUGUAUUGAUGCUUAAGGCCCUCAUCCUUGGUGAGACCUUAAGCUCUUUUUCUUUUCUAUUUUUUCCCUUUGAAAUGUUCUGAUUUGCCGUCUUAUUGCACAGUGAGAUGCUUGAAGCUGUAGGGCAUGAAUUCAUGGAGGAGUUUAUCCAUUGUUUUGAUUCCAUCUUGGCAGCUAAUGGUGUUCUUGUCCUACAGGAGAUGUUGUUUCUUCUUCAGUUUAUAUCAAUACGUGAUGAGCGAUAUGAUGAAUACAGGAGAAGCUCAGAUUUCAUUAAGGAAUAUAUUUUCCCAAGCGGAUGCCUACCUUGCUUGAGCCGAGUAACAUCAGCAAUGGCUGCUGCGUCCAGACUUAGUGUUGAACACAUAGAAAAUAUUGGGAUACACUACUAUAAAACACUCAGAUGUUGGCGAAAAAAUUUCUUGGAGCAUUAGAGCAAAAUUCUUUCACUCGGGCCAUAAAUUUCUACUUGAAGGCUGAUGUUGACUCUUUGAAGGCUGCAAUCAGCUCUGUUGUUGACGUGAUGUAGGCGAUGUUGUUGACGUGAUGCAGGCGAUGGGUUCCUGUAUCUGUUCUGUGCUAUCAAAGGUUAGUUGAAGAUCAUCAAACUACUUAUAAUUA